GAAGUGGCUUUUCCGGUAGCCGCUAGCUUGACGCUAAUGAACAUUUGUGCUUCGGUUGGUCCGCCUCACUCCUCCCAGCCAUACUGUUCCCGUCGCGAAGCGUCCAAGUGGAGGAGGAAAAGGAAGAGGGGGAGACUGGUCGUACUGAGAAAGAAGAAACAAAGUAUAUGACAGUUAAAUACUAACACCAGCCGUCUACGGAAAGGUAAAGCAGUAAGAACCGGCAGCUGUGAAGUCGAUAGUGCGGUCCGUGUAGAGUUGGUGCUCCACUGUCUAUGGUGUAAACACGUUGGUGUAGUUGUGACAUUGCGCCGUGAGCGACAGAGCAGAGGGAAAGGUCUCCUCCCAGUCUGUUGACGGAUACAGUUUGGCUUAAGUGAAAGGAGACACGGCUAGACCUGACUGUACAUUUCCCCGGCCAGUGUUGGAUUGCCCAGGAUGUCUUCAAAGGCUCACGGUUCCAAUAAUAUCGCUAAUGCCCGGCGGAUGGUGCAGCAGCUGAGAGUAGAGGCGAGCAUUGAGAGGAUAAAGGUAUCCAAGGCCUCAGCAGACCUUAUGAACUACUGCAGCGAGCAUGCCAGAAACGACCCUCUCCUUAUGGGCAUCCCCACUUCAGACAAUCCCUUCAAAGACAAAAAAACUUGCACUAUAUUGUAAUGGAUGCCACUUAGCCUUAAUGUGUUUAUUGUUUGCUUAUUAAUGUUGCUGUAUUCUUUUUGUUUGGGUGGAAUGAGGGGUGAUGGCAUCAUUACCAUGUGUUCACCUGUUCUGUUAACAAUUCAGUUUUCUCAAAACAGCAAAAUCAUAACGAGCAAAGGUGUGUUCUGUGGCUUCCCCAUUAGCCUGCAUUAUUCACUGAAACUGUUGCCCUUGGCAGUGCCACUGUUUGAGAUCUGACCACUAACAAGGCUUUGGCUGCAGGAGUUGUGAUUGUAUCAGGUACAUAAUGUUGCUUAAGAAAAAUCAACAGCAGAUAUUUUCUGAUUAUUGGAACAGCACUGACACUCCACAGUGGUGGAAUAGGUCCUUCUUCUCUUUAUAUGGUUUGAUCUCCAUUGGGCUGUGACUGUUAUUGUCUCUGGUUUGCCUUAAGUGGAUUCAUACAGCCAGUUUCCCUCCUGUCCUGUCAGUUUUAAGAAGGGGGAUAAUGGCUUCAGACACCAGUAUUUUACCGGUUUUGUUCAGUUUUAUCACUGAAUUCAGGGGUCAGGGUUUACUUUGAGCUUUUUCUCAAAUGUUACCAUGAUGUAUCUUUAUUUGGGGCAGUGACAUCUGGUGUUAAAUCAAAUUGGUCCGUGACAAUCCACAUCCAGCUCCACCCGUUGUUUUCCUGGUAUGUGCAAUAUACAGAAUAUUAAAGAUUUAACUGAUUUAAUGAAGCAUCAUUUUGAGGUAAGUUCCAUAUAAAUUCCUUUAAUCCAACAUCAUCUUUGCCCACAUUCAAGCCAUUGGCAUAAAUGGCCUCGGUGCUGUAAUACUUUUGGUACAUGUAAGGUACAAGACUGAGUGAAGCAAACACGAAAAUGCUUUAUCACAUUAACGCAGUGCAGACAUUUAUUAUUUUAUGUUUUCUUUGUGUCAGCUGACAUUAUGUAACAAAGAUCUUUGGGACCAAGCCAAACCAAUGAUACUGCAUUUUGAAAACAUCAUUGUAUGCAUUAGAUUUUUAGCCGUUUGUUUUGAUAACAUUCUGCGAUACAUAAUUUUCAGAACACACACGACACGAAACACACCAGCAAGUGUUGUGCAACACUGUGAGCCGCAACUACUUGCUCAUCACAAGUGUCUUUAUUUGAGCCAAUGUGCACAUUGUUGUCUUAAAGUGUUUUUGACAAACGUAUUGUAGGCACAGGUGUAAAUGGUAGUGACCAUUGAUGGUAAAACCACUUUCCCAGGGUUGCUCACAUUUUUUCCCCACUUUAAACUAACAUUUGUGUCGGUGGGUGUCUUCACUUUAACAUGUCUGGCAUGUUGUGAUUCGCUAGGGAGAAUGUCUAUGGUGUAGUGUUUAAAAAAAAAAAAA